AUGGGUCCUAAACCGCGGCAAACGAUUCCGCGACCCGUUGCUGCAUCCACCUCUGCGCCAUCGACUCCUGCAUCUAAACCUGCAUCUGUGAACUCGCUUUGGGAUAAGCGCAACUACCUUUCUCUACUGGCCAAGGACGAUGUUGGGGCAGAAAGGUUUUUGGCAGCAGGGAUCAAGAGUUUGUUCGGGACACUUGUUAUUCAGGCCUGGUUUACCGCCCGUCUCAACGCCUACACCCAAGGUGCGACGCAUCAUCACCAGCAGCUGGUUGAAGGUUUGAAGGAGAAGAAGGAGAAAGUUAAGGUGGAGUUUCAGGUGCCGAGUUUCAUUCGCCAGUUGGAGGCAGUCUCGGCAUCGUUGCUGCUGUCUUUACCGCUUACUGCACUGGCGAUAUUCGCGGUGAUGUUGGUGGGUGGCGCACCGUUAACGUCCCAUUGGAAACAAUCAGCAACACUAGCAACGCAUCUAGCACUGCUUCUGCUGCCAACGAUCCAUAUCGCGGCUUCGAACACAGGCUUUGUGCAGAAGCUGCUUGGCGCCAAUCCAUCACCCUCGUUCUUGUGGCCACUCUUCUACCCACCCCUCUUCAGCAUCGCCACAUCCUUGCUUGCAACGGCAACCCUCGCGCUCGACUCAAAUAGCCCCUGGCAAACCUACCCAUUCCCGCUCAUCGUCGCCAGCAUCGCAGGUAUCGCUGCUGGGAACGGAUACACCAUCGCACUCAUCCUCUUCACUUAA